AUGCCUUACCCAAAAGAUGCCGUAACGCCCGUGACAUGCCCGAUCGAGCCCUUGAAUUCACUGGUAAAUGGAGUUGCACCCAAAAUUCAAUCUGUGGACAUCAAAGAAUUUGAAGCCCAGAAAAGGACAGGUGUCAGUUACCCACCUCAGUUGGCCUCGGUCCAUUCAGAUGGGGCAUCCGAUAAUGACCCAGCAUGUGCAUUGCAGAGCGAUGAUCAUCUGGAUCUUAUCAUAGUCGGAGCAGGAUUGUCCGGUAUUUCUGCAAUCUAUCGCGCCAGAAAAUUAGGGUUGAGGGCCAAAAUAUUCGAGGCUGGACUUGACUUUGGGGGAGUCUGGUACUGGAACAGGUAUCCGGGGGCUAGAGUCGAUUCAGAAUUUCCUUUCUACCAGCUGAAUAUUCCAGAGGCGUACAAAUCGUUCGACUUCACCCAAAGGUUCCCAGACCACAAGGAACUCCGCCGCUAUAUGAACCAUUUGGACAACGUACUGGAAUUGCGUAAGGACGUGUUUUUUGGGGCAGAAGUUUGCGGUGCUGAGUAUGACCAAGAUCAAGGUGUGUGGACAAUUGUAACUACAAAGGGUCUUAAAGCAACUGCGAAGUAUCUCGUUCUCGCGACAGGGCUCCUGCACAGGAAGCACUUUCCAGAUUUUCCAAAUUUUGCGAAAUAUAAAGGCGAGGUAUACCAUUCUAGCUCCUGGCCUAAUGACGCGGAUUUCAGGAACAAGAGGGUGGCUGUCAUUGGAGCAGGUGCGACAUCUGUUCAGAUUGUGCAGGAACUGGCAAAGCAGACAGCAGACGGAGGAUCCCUGACGAUAUACAUACGUCGGCCGAGCACUUGUAUUCCUAUGGGCCAGCGAGAUGUCUCUCCCGAAGAGCAAGAAAGCCUACGGGCCUAUUACCCUGUUCUCUUCAAAGAAGGUCGUCAAAGUAUAGCAGGAAUGCCGAUUAGUAGUGUAGGAUGUAAUGUUUUCGAACAUACAGUCGAACAACGAGAACAACUCUUUGAGGAAUUGUGGGCCCGAGGAGCGUUCAACUUCCUGCUUGGAACGUAUCGAGAUGUCGCCAUCGAUGAGAAAGCGAACCACGAAGUGUACAAUUUUUGGGCGAAGAAGGUCCGAUCAAGAAUGACAGAUCCCCUAAAGAAAGAUCUGAUGGCGCCGCUGAAGCCUUUAUAUCCAUUUGGCACAAAGCGGCCACCCCUCGAGCGCGACUACUAUGAAUGUGUCGACAUGAAACAUGUCCAAAUCGUCAACUUGAAGAAGGACCCUAUCAAGGCAUUCACAGAGUAUGGGAUCGCGACUGAAUAUGAUUCAGUUGAAAAGGAGUUUGAUGUGGUCGUUCUUGCAACAGGGUUCGAUAGCUUCACAGGAUCAUUGACCCAUAUGGGCUUGAAAAACAAGCAUGGAGUGGAUAUUAAGGACAUCUGGAAAGAAGGUGUACGAACAUAUCUGGGAAUUCUAAUGAACGGAUUUCCCAACGCCUUUCUCCUAUAUAGCCCGCAAGCCCCUACAGCAUUUUCAAAUGGACCGACAAUAAUCGAGAGCCAGUGCGACUUCAUUUUCGACAUGAUUAAGAAGCUGGAGAAGGAGAAUGCAAAGUCGAUUGAACCAACGACCUUGGCUGAAGACGAGUGGAAAGCCCUUAUCAAUGAUUUGAUUGCAGGCUCGCUCCUGAACGGGACCGAUUCAUGGUGGAAUGGUGGAAACAUCCCAGGCAAGAAAAUCGAGGUUCUGACCUACGGCGGAGGCAUUUCUGAUUAUGAAAAAACAUGUUACACAAAGCUCGAUGGAUGGAAAGGUUUUGUGAUAGAAACUAAGAAACAAAAAUUAUAG